AUGUGGCUCGGUUUAUUAUUAGUAAUUCAUGGUAUUUUUACAACGGCUGUUCACAACGAAAAUAUUCUUAAUCAUGAAUGUGAAACAAACUUCAAUUGCAGAAAAUUUAUGGCUAAUGCAAUUUGUUUUGAUAAAAAAUGUAUUUGUCCAUUCGGACAUACAUUAAAUGGAUGUGUAUCAGAAAUAAAACAAACGCGAUAUCGUCGACAAACGAAUAUGGGUAUGAGAAUGUUGGGUGAACCAUGUGACUGGACAAAUCAAUGUCGACGCUUAUCUACGGAUCAAACGAAAGUGUGCCUUGCUCGUAAAUGUCAAUGUUCACGCGGGUAUAUACCUAUGGAUGCCUAUCGAUGUUUAAAAGAUACUGUAAUAUUACCGUCAAAGAUACGAAUUUCAAAAGCUAUUCAGAAUGAACCACCUGGUUUUGGUUCAACUUGUUCGACAACUAUCGAUUGUCAACAGAUUAGUACGCAUCUCGAAUGUAUUCAUGAAGUAUGUGUAUGUUUGGAAGGUUAUGUACCGUUGGGAAAAUAUUUAUGUUAUAAUAUUCGUGGACCAGAAGAUUCAACUAGAACAUCGACUCUAUCGAUUACACCAUCAACAACUAAUCCGAUAAGUAAUGAUGUACUGAAAACAUUGGGUAAGAUUGGUAAUUCAUGUUUUAAUGAUUACUUUUGUCGACGAACAAUAUCCGAAUCACAUUGCUAUAAUGGAAAAUGUGCAUGCAUCGAUGGUUAUAGAUCGAUUGAUCAAUAUACUUGUAUGAAAGAUAUGAACAGAGAUACAACAAUAAGAUCAACACCAAUACCAUUUGAUUAUAAAAGUUUGUUAGGAGGAAAAUGUUCAACCAAACGUAAUUGCCAUACAUCAAAUGCAGUUUGCUUAAAUUCUACUUGUUUCUGUCCAAAAGGUUAUUUUCCUGUAGAUGAUUGGACGUGCUUAGAAGAGCCUGAAUCAUCUGAUGAAGAACUAAUACAAACAACACCUACCAUGACAACAACAAUACUACUAGAGACAAAAACAACAACAGCAAUAUUUUCCACAACGACUAUGUUUCGUUGGUGGCCAUGGUCACCAACGCCAACUACUUAUCAAACCUUUUCGAAUUUGGAAAAUGCAUUUCGUGUUCGUUGUUUACUAAAUCGACAAUGUGCUAGUAUGGAUUCAAACUCUCAUUGUACACUAUUCGGACGAUGUGUAUGUAAUCGUGGUUAUAUAUUAAGAACAACAAACAGAGGACAAUUUUGUGCUCCACGUAUAUUGAGCAAAGAUGAUUGUGACUAG